AUGGGAGAGCAAUUAAGCAAAAUUGAGGAGUCGAUUAUAAGGAAUGAAUCUUCGAACUACUUCGAGAGACCGGAAGAGGUGAUGGAGAAUUGUGCCACAGUUUUUCAAGGUAUAAAUGGAGGACAACUUAAUAUUGAUAAAGGGUCUAACUCGCAGCACAAGCUCAUUGAGCGUCAUCUCGAAGAUAAGAAAGGAAUUAACAUUAAACCCCUACUUUAUCUUGAGGAAAAGUUCCUAGAUGGAUUUAUACCCCAGCGUAUGAUCCCAACUCUAGGGUUGAGGAAUGGGGAUGUUAAUGAUACUGUUCCACUUGACUUCCCCUGGAAUAAUAAGGGCUCCUUUCCUCAGAUACAUGAAUUGGAUAUAUUGGCUCAAAACAUUCAAAAGGAAGAAGAUAUCAGUAAACAAGGCGCUAAAGACGAUGAAGAUACUAAGGACUGCCUUGAUCAGAAAGAGAAAUUGAAGAAGAAAGGUUAA